AUGAAGCUGCUCUACCAGACUCACUCGCCCUACGCCCGCAAAGUGCUGGUCUUCGCCCACGAAGCCGGCCUCGCAGCAGACAUCCAGGUGGUCCAUCAGGAAACAAGCCCCAUGCGGGCCAACGCUGAAGUCUACGCCCAGAAUCCCCUUGGAAAAGUGCCAGUUCUGCUUCGUGGAGAGGCAGACCAAGCAGACCAAGCAGACCAUCCAAGCCCAGAGGCAACUUCUGCCCUGUUCGACUCCAAUGUCAUCUGCGAGUACCUUGAUACCCGCCACCAGGGACGCCCUCUGAUCCCUCGCGAGGGUGAGGCCAGGUGGCAGGCCCUGCGCAUCCAGGCCGUGGCCAGCGGUCUAGCGGAUGUCGGCAUUGCCGUCCGCUGGGAGACGACCAGACGGCCCGAGGAGCUGCGCUACCCAGAACUGAGCGCCAACCUGGCCCGCAAGCUGGUCGAGAGCUUCGACUGGCUGGAGCGGGAGCUGGACGACGACGACGACAACAACAACAACAACGGUGCAGCAGUGCAUGUUGGCCAUAUUGCUCUGGCGACGGCGCUGAGCUGGCUGCUGUUUCGCGGCGUCGGGGAGGACUUUCGACAGGGCAGGCCGCGCCUGGCUGCCUGGUUCGAGCGAUUUGAGAGCAGGCCGUCGAUGAAGGCGACGCCGUUGUCCGGAGAGACGCACGACUGA